UCCAACCCGUCGGGGCUGCCGCUCCGGACCCGCCGCCACCGUCGCACCUCCUCCCCCUGGAUCGGGUGUACUGUCCCAACCCGAAAGUCCAGUUUUGCGGCCCGGCAGCGGCGAGCGAGCGCGAUGACACAGGAGUACGACAACAAAAGACCAGUGUUGGUUCUCCAGAAUGAAGCACUCUACCCGCAGCGGCGCUCCUAUACCAGCGAGGACGAAGCCUGGAAAUCCUUCUUGGAAAACCCGCUCACUGCCGCCACCAAGGCCAUGAUGAGCAUCAAUGGCGAUGAAGACAGUGCAGCCGCGCUGGGCCUGCUCUAUGACUAUUACAAGGUUCCGAGAGAGAGACGGGCAUCCACAGCCAAGGCCGAUGUGGAGCACCCAGAGGCAGACCACAGCAAAAGAAACAGCAUGCCAAAUGUGACUGAGCAGUCCCUCAUUUCUCCUGGAGAAAACAGAGUACAAGUUCUGAAAAAUGUGCCAUUUAACAUUGUCCUUCCCCAUGGCAACCAACUGGGCAUUGAUAAGAGAGGCCAUCUAACAGUUCCUGAUACAACAGUCACUGUCUCCAUAGCAACAAUGCCUACCCACUCCAUCAAGACAGAAACCCAGCCCCACGGCUUUGCCGUCGGAGUCCCUCCCGCAGUGUAUCAUCCUGAGCCCGUUGAGCGGGUGGUGGUUUUCGACCGGAACCUUAAUACUGCUGACCAGUUCAGCUCUGGUGCUCAACCCCCAAAUGCUCAGAGGCGAACCCCAGACUCGACCUUCUCAGAGACCUUCAAGGAAGGCGUUCAGGAGGUGUUCUUCCCCUCGGAUCUCAGUCUGCGGAUGCCUGGCAUGAAUUCAGAGGACUAUGUUUUUGACAGUGUUUCUGGGAACAACUUUGAAUAUACACUAGAAGCCUCAAAAUCGCUUCGACAGAAGCCGGGAGAUAGCACUAUGACAUACCUGAACAAAGGCCAGUUCUACCCAGUCACCCUGAAGGAAGUGAGCAGCAGCGAGGGCAUCCACCACCCCAUCAGCAAAGUGCGGAGUGUGAUCAUGGUGGUGUUUGCUGAAGACAAAAGCAGGGAGGACCAGUUACGGCACUGGAAGUACUGGCACUCCCGGCAGCACACGGCCAAACAAAGGUGCAUUGACAUAGCUGACUAUAAAGAAAGCUUCAAUACCAUCAGUAACAUUGAGGAGAUCGCUUAUAAUGCCAUUUCUUUCACUUGGGACAUUAACGAUGAAGCAAAGGUUUUCAUCUCCGUGAACUGCUUGAGCACAGACUUCUCCUCUCAGAAGGGCGUGAAGGGGCUGCCUCUGAACAUUCAGAUCGACACCUACAGUUACAACAACCGCAGCAACAAGCCUGUGCACCGGGCCUACUGCCAGAUCAAGGUGUUCUGUGACAAGGGAGCAGAACGAAAAAUCAGGGACGAAGAACGAAAACAGAGCAAAAGAAAAGGCAAGUGUCCCGACCCCAGCUCCCAGUUGAACGCCUUCUCCGACGUUAAAGUGCCGCUGCUUCCCUCUCACAAGCGAAUGGACAUCACGGUCUUCAAGCCCUUCGUGGACCUCGAUACCCAGCCCGUGCUCUUCAUUCCCGACGUGCACUUCGCCAACCUCCAGCGGGGCACUCACAUCCUUUCCAUUGCCUCAGAAGAAUUGGAGGGUGAAGGACCCAGCUUGAAAAGGGGGCCUUUUGGGUCGGAGGACGACUUCGCGAUUCCGCCUCCUGCUAAGCUGCCCCGGGCAGAAGAACCGAAGAGAGUGCUGCUCUACGUGCGGAAGGAGUCAGAAGAAGUCUUCGAUGCCCUGAUGCUCAAGACUCCGUCUCUGAAGGGCUUGGUGGAGGCUAUCUCAGACAAAUAUGAUGUUCCCCAUGACAAGAUUGGGAAAAUAUUCAAGAAAUGUAAAAAAGGGAUUCUGGUGAACAUGGAUGACAACAUCGUGAAGCAUUACUCCAAUGAGGACACUUUCCAGCUGCAGAUGGAAGAGGUGGGGGGGUCGUACAGACUCACCCUCACUGAGAUCUGAGGCACCCUGGCCCACAGGUCCCACGAGUUUAAUGCAGGCGUUGCGUAGGCCUUACCGUUUGCCAAGCCACAGGUACAUGGGUCAGCCGCCUUCCAAACACGUGUGGAUGUCAGGGGAAGGGACUCCUUUCGGAUUGGAGAUGGCCCUGCCCUUGGCUUGGAGAUGGUGUUGAAUAUAUUGCAUUGGCGUUUUUCAGAUGACAGAGGAAUCUGUACACUAUUAUUAUGUUUGAAUUUUCUAAUAUAAAUACUUAGGAUUAAAAAUGAAAACUUUGUUCCAAGAUUUGAUAGACUCUCUGGGAACCUUUAGGAUAUCUGCUAUGUUAUUUAUAAAAAUAUUUUUUUAUUACAGGUUACGUUCAAUAUUAUUUUGUGUUAGUUUCUGGUGUAUGGCACAAUGACCAGACUAUAAAAAUACUGGGAUGUCUCCCUUGCCUCUUUGAUGUUAGUGGGCCUGCUUAGUAGUACAGGUCACAAAAGGCAAUGGGUGUGGCUUUAAGGAUUUUGCACCCUGGCCCAGACUCAGUGUAACUUCCUGCCUCAGGUUAGUGGGAGCUGCAUUCCAAGAAGAAAGGAUCCACCCUUUCUCCCUUAGCCUCUCAUCUCCCCCAGUACCCACAUAAAUGUUUACUCAAACAGAGCAUGUUACUGAAAUCUUCCUUAACAACUUUCUUGAACACACAUCAAGUGCCUUUCUUUUUUUUUUCAAGUGCCUUUCUUAUGAAGAACUUCAGUGGGUUACAGUAGGAAUCAGUUAAGCUAAUGCUACAUUGUAUAUAAGUGCAAUACAUUGUUGAAGCCUGUGUCUGUAAAUGUGUACAUACGUGUCUUAUAUAAAGAUAAUAUAUAAAUGCGGUGUCUGUACAUACAGUGAAGAGAUGCAAUGAGAACUACCUUAAAGACUUUGCCUAGAUGAAAGGUUAAGUUAUUUUUUAUAAUGUAUACCAAGCAGAUGGAACACUGCUUCGUGGAACCCACGAAAACACUUUCUCUGUGUUUUCCCAAACACAGCAAUCAUCUCAUAGCUUAACAAAACCUUCUCAGAUGACAGACUGUUUGCUUUUGAGAAUGUUGUUAUUUGGAUUUCUGCACUGUUUAACAAAUGAAGUAAAGGAAAAACACUAUUGCAGUUCACGUGUGCUGUGUAUGCUGAUAUCAGUCAUGUACCUAACACAGUGAACAAACUAAUUAUGCACACACUGUGCACACUGCUCACCGGGUGACACCACUCACAAUGCAGUUCUUUCUAAUCUUCCUGCUAGACUCUAUCAGGAGAAGGACGUUUUACCAUGUUCAGAGCCUUCACGCUUUGAUUAUCUUGUAUGCUAACAGUUUAGAAAGCAUUCAUGAAUUUAUGAGACUGGAUUACCGUGGCAGGGGGACAUUCUGUACACAUUUAAAUAUAUAGAAAUACUCAAAAGUGUAAUUUUAUAACAUAAAAUCACGGGUAUCUUUAGGUUCAGGGAGCUCUAGUUCAUUUGUAUAAGUAGGAUUGAUAGUUACAUUCUUACAUUAAAGUAUUCUAAUGAAGUAUGUGAACUAAAUUGCUGGUUUUCUAAGAUAAGAUACCAUGGGACACGGGUCAUAUAACAAUAUUUUCUAUUUUGUUUUAUGAAAUUGAUUUUGUCUUGUUUACUAUUUGUAAUUGUAUUAUUGAAGAUGUAUUUUAAA